UAUUUAUUUCUAUAAAUACUGCAAUCCAACUAAAUUCUUAGGUACUGACGGGUGAACCCUCUCUCUGAGUCUCUCCGUUGAAAUCAUAUUUCAAGCAACUUUGGUGUGGGUUUGAGUUGACAAAUGGGGAAAAGGAAGUCAAGGGCUAAGCCACCCCCGAAGAAGCGAAUGGACAAGCUUGAUACUGUCUUCAGCUGCCCCUUCUGCAACCAUGGAACAAGUGUUGAAUGCCGAAUUGAUAUGAAGAACUUGAUUGGUGAGGCUUCUUGUGGGAUUUGCCAAGAGAGUUUCAGCACCACCGUAACAGCUUUAACUGAACCCAUAGACAUAUAUAGUGAAUGGAUCGACGAAUGCGAGCGGGUCAACAGCCUCGAAGAUGAUGGUGCUUAGGAAGCUGCUUAGAUGUUCAUAAUUCUGGUUCUCUUCUGGACGGGUAGAGCAAAACCAGAGAAUAAUAAUGUGUGAUUAUUGUGUUAGCAUGCACUGAGAGAACCUUGUUGGUGAUGGGGUUGUAUUCCUGACUCCCUUAUAUGGGAGAGAUCUAUUGCAUUUACUAUGCUUUUCAGAUGACAUUAGUAAAUAUAUGAGCUUUGCAACUUGGUUUGUGGUUAUAAAUUCAUUUCUGGAUUUUGUCGAAA